AUCAAAACAACAAAAACAACGAGCAAUCAUCAUCAUUAAUCAUUAAUUAGAUUAUGAUUGUUUAAAUUUUCACUUCCUUCUGCUUGUGAUCCGAUUCCUCAUCGACAGAAUCCAGAAUGAUUCAUCAGAAUAUCUCGUUAGCUUAAUUUGAUUCAAUUUCAUUCUUUUAGGUUGUCAUUCUAUUCAAUAUAUUAAUCGUUGUCGAAACAAAAUUUCGUUACCACUACGACUGCAUCAGUAGGAAAAAUUCGAGCUCACUAAAACAUAAUAUGGUAAAAGCGUUGUAAACACGAAAAGACACAUACACAUAAACAUUGAAGCCUCGAAGUCUUUUUAUUCGAUUUGGAUUCGAAACGAGUUUCGGAGCCCGAAAGACAACGAAGAUUUUUGUGAGAUAAAACACUGCGUUUCAAUUUGUGAAUGCGCGUAAUUCAAACCAUUUGGAUUUUGCUCCAUUUAUUUUAGUGAUAGCAUUCCUAUCAUCAUAUCAAAAUAAAGCAAUUGUUUUAAUUAACAAGUGAUAAAAAUUGAAUAAGUGACAAUUAUUGAAUGAAUGAUUUAACGCUAAGGUAAAUUCCAUCGAAUCAUCUUCAUCGAAUCAUGACAAGUGAAAAACUUGCAUCAACAACCUUGAAUGAAUAACAAAAAAUUAAUGAUUACACAAAAGCUUGCUCGAAGCUACUAUAAACAGAAGCACUUGAAAGAACCAUUAUAUUAUCCUUUGAAUUUUUAUUUCAUUGUUUGUUUGCGUACAUACGCCUAGAACAUAACAUAACAUCAUCCACUAAAAAAGUCACAUCGGUACUUUUUUCCUAUUGGAUACAGAUUCAUUUCGUCGAUCUAACGCAUCAUCGCUGUUCGACAAUCAUUCAUGAAGCUUAAUUUGUUCCAGACAUAUACACGCUCUAUUUAACACGGUACGUGUAGUAUCCAUUGGUUACCGGUUUUAGAAUUGACGUAGACAAAAAAAAACAAACAAAUACGAAUACCAAUUGUUUGCUGAUCAUUUUAAUCUAAUCUAUAGUUACAAAAUGCCCAUCUACUAUAAAAAAGUUAGCCAUGAUGCUAACGACCUAAGCUUAAUCGAAUCUGGACUUGGUUCAACAUCAACAGCCAAUGUUGGCAUUGGUGGAAAUUCAUUUUUCAACAAUAUCGGUUCAAUACCUAAAAAAUUAACGAAUAAUUUUGGCUCAAGAUCAAGUAUCAAUGAAGUAGAAUUGGAAAAGAUAAGCUUUAGUUUUCCUGGCUCAAAUGAAGAUUGUGAACAUGGUGGUGAUGAAUUUGAUAAAUCAAGACUAUUGUCAAAAACAAGCGAUGCUGAUCGUGAUCGUUUGAUGACCAGGUUUGGUCCUGUCGUAAUUGUUAAACAAUCUCCAACGACGACUGUGGAUGGACAAAAUAAAUCACAACCAUCGGUCGCACCGAGACCAGUGAUCAUCACUUAUCAUGAUAUUGGUCUAAAUUAUUUCUCCAAUUUCGAAUCAUUCUUUUCUCGUACAUAUAUUAAACAGAUGCUACAAGAUUUCCGUAUCUAUCAUGUUAAUGCACCCGGACAAGAAGAAAAUUCCGCGGAUCUUUCUUCAAAUUAUCUGUUCCCAACCAUGGAUGAAUUAUGUGAACAAAUGGGUGAAAUAUGUCGUUAUUAUAAUAUUCAGGAAUUCAUUGGUUUUGGCUACGGAGCUGGUAGUAAUGUGCUCAGUCGUUUUGCUCUCAAACAUCCAGAUAUGGUAGAAGGUUUAUUUUUGAUCAACCCAUCUGCGACGACAUCUACGUGGACAGAAUGGUUCUAUCAGAAAUUGAAUCUCCGUGCAUUGGCUCAAACAACAGCGGCACCAUCGACAACAAAUGUAUCGACUAGUUCAUUAGCUCCAAAUCCGGAUUUGCCUAUUUCUGUUCAGGAUUAUUUCCUCUGGCAUUUGUUUGGCAAUUUAAGCUUACCGGAUCGCCCAAUCGAUGAUGAAGCAGUAACAUUUUAUCGACGAUAUUUUAGCACCGGAGUGAUCAAUAAACACAAUCUGGCUCGCUUUUUGGAAUCAUAUCUGAAUCGUUCAGCAUUGGGUAUAUCGCGUGAUGAUCGCAUCACUAAUUUCAAAUGUCCUGUAGCCAUCGUUAGUGCCGAUUAUUCUCCACAUGUAGAUGAAUCUGUAAAAAUGAAUUCACGAUUAGAUCCAACCAAUUCAACUUGGGUCAAACUUGGUGAUUGUUCAAUGCCUUUAGAAGAACAGCCAAAUAAAACGGCCGAAGUUUUGCGCUUGUUUCUUCAAGGCUUAGGCUAUACGUUGAAAAAGGCAUUAAAUCGAAGCCGUGGAUCAUCAUUGUUGAGUGGUAAAAGCAUGCCUUGUUUGCAAUUUCUUCAAGCAACAAAACAAAAUUCGUCCACAGAACCAACAGCUACAAUCAUUCCAGAUUCCAAUGGAACAACCACAUAUGCAACUGUUUCAUCAUCAUCACCAUAAGACAAUUGACAAGCUAUACUUGCCGAUAGUGGUCUAAGUGUUUAACUUGUCAAAUCAAUUCAUGAUAAUCACAAAAAAAUAUUCAGUCGACAAUUCAACUUUAAACCACAAAAACCAUAUUUACCGAAUUUUAUCUGGAUAUCUUUUAAUUUUUUAUCAAUCAUUUUGUCUACGGCAUUUCUAUCUACCUUCAGUAUAGCAUUUGUUUCAGUUAUUUUACCAGUUUUUAAAAGUUAGAAUCAAUCCAUCUGCUGACCAACGAAAGACAAUCUGAAAUUUUCUUAUAAUUAAGCAAUCAUUUUAUAUUUCAUGAGAAUCCAUAAUUGCCGUUUCUUGUUUAUUUUAUAAAUUAUUUUUUUUUGAUUUUAAUACAAUUAUCAAUAAGUUUAUCAUUUUGUUAGAUACGUAUUAUUUUUCGAUAAGUUUUUUUUUGUUUGAUUUAAUCUCUUUACAUUGUUUCCUAUAUGUGAUAAAAAGCAGAAUUUUUGUUCUUCAAAAGAAUCGAUUGAAUACCCAAACAGAAAUCACAAAGACAAUUUAAUCAAUAAAAACUAAGUUUAAUUUGAAAA